ACGCUGCGAGUGUCAGUGGGAGCUGUAGUCCUGCGUGUGGUUCUGGGCUGCUGGCGGCGGAGGUUGCUCCCUGCUUUGCCUGCUGGGUGUUCGGGCGCCGUGCUGCUUCUCCCGCUCUGCAUGGCCGGGAGUUACAGGCUGCUGAGCGCCUCUAUAUCCCAGCUGCUGCUGCGGGGCCAGGGCCGGGGAGCCGCUCUGCUGCGGAGAGGGAAGCUCGGUCCGGAGAGCUGCGGGGGGCGGGCGGGGAGAGAGUGGGGCUCGGUGCAGGACAGGCACAGGCUGGACAGGGCGUACAGCAGCAGCAACCAGGGUAUCUUCAAUCCAUAUCCAGACGACGGCUAUCCUCCCUUACCAGAGUAUGAUCCACAAUCUAUAGCCCAAAAAGUCACCAAGAUGUUCAUUGUACGUGUUCGUGGGUUGCCAUGGUCCUGCACAGCAGAAGACGUACUCAACUUUUUUGCUGACUGCAAUGUACGAAACGGUGCAGAAGGGGUGCACUUUAUCUUUAACAGAGAUGGCAAACCUAGAGGUGAUGCUGUGAUUGAAUUUGAGUCUGCAGAAGAUUUGCUGAAGGCUGUGGAACAGCACAAAAAAUACAUGGGCCAGCGUUAUGUGGAAGUGUUUGAGAUGAAUCAAAAAGAAGCGGAGUCUCUGUUAAAUCGGAUGCAUGCUGCUAUGUCACCUACAAGACCGUCCCCCAUGUCACAGACAACACAGUCUUCUGUAUCUUCUCCCCCAAGUGAUGGUAUUGUUCGGCUGCGGGGGCUUCCAUACAGUUGCAGUGAGCAGGAUAUCCUAAAUUUCUUUUCAGGUUUGGAUAUUGCAGAUGAAGGGAUUACAUUUGUCUUAGAUCAGCGAGGUCGGAAAUCUGGUGAAGCAUUUGUGCAAUUUCUUACACAAGAGCAUGCGGACCAAGCCCUUCUCAAACACAAACAGGAAAUAGGAAGCAGAUACAUUGAGAUAUUUCCAAGUCGAAGGAAUGAAAUUCAAACGGCACGUUUUCCUUUCCGAAGAAGGAAAGGUGUAACUUUUGCUCCCACAAUUAAAGAUCUAUAUGACCCGGACAACGUUGUAAAUAACAGUAGUAAAGACAUGCUACUAGACGUUGCACCUGAUAAUGAUCAUAUGAAUGAUUAUGUUAAGGAAAUGUCCUCAAAGUCAAUGGAUGUUCAUGAUUUUCCAGUGAUAUCUCCUAUCCAUGAUAUCCACAUUCGGGGCCUCCCUUUCCAUGCUUCCGGACAGGAUAUUGCAAAUUUUUUUCAUCCAGUUAUGCCUUUAAAGAUCAACAUAGAGUACAGUGCAGAUGCUGGAGGUGCUACUGGAGAGGCGAUUGUGAGGUUUUUGACUCAUGAUGACGCUGUAGCUGCCAUGGCCAAAAACAGAUGCCAUACACAACAUGGAUAUUUAGAACUUUUUCUGAAUUCAUCUCCAGAUGGUAAAUAAGACCUGUGUUGGAAAUUCUGUUGUGCACAUCUUUAUUAAAAAGGACAAAGCUAGGAUCCUGUCACCGUCUCUGGACAUUAGACUGUGAUUUAUUCUUAAACAGCCAUUCAACAAAAGAUUUACUUUUUUUUUUUUUUUUUUUAAACCAGACUUCUGUCUUUACAAAGAAACACAUACACGUAUCCAUGUAUGUGUAUGCAUAAAUAUAUAUACAUAUAUAUAUUUUUUGUUCGCCUGCUAAAUGCAAGAAAUUAUGCCAUUGUUUUCCUAGCAGGAAUCCAGUAAAUUAUAGAUAAUACAGAGUUAUGUUAGUGAUUGAAAAGAUCCUUUCACUGUCGCAGAAUCAGCACUCGUAAAAUAUUGUGAACCAGUGACUUAUAUAUUUUUUUUUAUUAUUUUUUUUUUUUUCAUCGAAGUGCCUAAGUUAACUAAGAGAAUGUGAUUUGCAGUGCAGGAUCUCUAAUUAGUAGAGAACCAUGCAAGGCCAAAAUUUAAUAUACAGGAAAAAUAGGUUUAAAGUUGAAAGCAAGCAUGGACAUAAGACAGACACCGGAGUUUACAAGUCCCUAAACUCUCUCUCUCUUCUUUAGCCAUAAUGUUUUAGACAUUGUUUUGGUAAAUUGGAUGGUGAGCGCCCGUGGUUCAUUGUUGGUCUUCCAGAAUUAUGUGUUUUAUUUCUCCUUUAUUAAAUUGGUAAGUUUGAUGGGUUUGUUCUUUGCGUAUUUCGAUUUGCAUUGAAUCCUCAAUUUAUUCAGCUGAUUCAUGAAUAUAGUUGUAUUUUGUUUGAGGAUGACGUUAAAUAAACAUUACAGCCAUCA